AUUUGGCGUUGCUUCCUGCACACAGGCCGACAGUCGGUGGGAAAAGCCAGCUUUACACAUGCACUCGGGUGUUUUUCUGAUCUAUAUGUGAAUGGAAGAUGUUUUCCCAGCAGAGGAGCCUCUCCCCGUCAUGACCUCCCCGGGCCGCCCCUCCACUUGAAUGGGAUUCCUGUCGCUCGUUUUUGGCACCGACUGUCACUGCUGCUGCUCCAGAUACAAGACCUCUGAUUUUUUUUUUGGGUUCUUUGAUAUUUUGGGUUUUCUCUUAUCAGAUCAUUAAUGGUUUGAUACGAAAUCUGCAAGUGUGAUCGGGGAGAAGAGCGACGACGCCAGAUCUCCAGUAUCCUGCGGUUCAGGUCCUGGGCCAUGGGGGGAUCCAAGAGUAAGCCCAAGGAUGUCGGCCAUCGAACCCGCAGCCUCGAGGGCACCCUCAGCUCCGGAGGGGGGGCCGGCGGACACCACUCCAACCAACAGUCCCUCACACCCAACCGUAGUCCUGCUACGGAUGGUUUGGGGGGCAAUCCGUCCAUGACUAAAACCUCAGAGCUGACCCUGUUUGGAGGCGUGGACAAUAACGCUGUCACCUCUCCCAACAGAAUCACACUAGCAGGAGGCGUGACGACCUUCGUGGCUUUGUAUGACUACGAGUCGAGGACGGCCUCAGACCUCUCCUUCAAGAAGGGUGAACGCCUCCAGAUAGUGAACAACACAGAAGGCGACUGGUGGCUGGCUCGCUCCCUGACCACUGGAGAGAGCGGCUACAUCCCCAGCAAUUAUGUGGCUCCAUCUGACUCCAUCCAGGCAGAAGAGUGGUACUUUGGCAAAGUCACUCGCCGCGACUCUGAGAGGCUGCUGCUAAGUUUAGAGAACAGGAGAGGGACUUUCCUGGUGCGAGAGAGUGAGACCACCAAAGGUGCCUACUGUCUGUCUGUGUUGGACUAUGACAACACCAAAGGGCUGAAUGUGAAGCACUACAAGAUCAGGAAGCUGGACAGCGGAGGCUUUUACAUCACAUCACGCACACAAUUCAGCAACCUGCAGCAGCUGGUCAACCACUAUCGCAAGCAUGCUGAUGGGCUGUGUCACAGUCUAUCAGACAUUUGUCCGGUUCUGAAGCCUCAGACUCAGGGCUUAUCUAAGGACGCCUGGGAGAUCCCCAGAGACUCCCUCCAUCUGGAUCUGAAGCUCGGACAGGGCUGCUUUGGAGAGGUCUGGAUGGGAACGUGGAACGGUACAACCCGGGUGGCAAUAAAGACCCUGAAGACCGGCACCAUGUCCCCCGAGGCCUUCCUGAUGGAAGCUCAGGUCAUGAAGAAACUGAGACAUGAAAAGCUGGUCCAGCUCUACGCCGUGGUGUCGGAGGAACCCAUCUACAUCGUCACGGAGUACAUGGGACAAGGUAGCUUAUUGGAUUUCCUGAAAGGCGACAUGGGUAAAAUGCUCCGCCUCCCUCAGCUGGUGGACAUGGCUUCACAGAUUGCUUCGGGGAUGGCGUAUGUGGAGCGGAUGAACUAUGUGCACAGAGACCUGAGAGCUGCUAACAUCCUGGUGGGAGAUAACCUGGUUUGCAAAGUGGCUGAUUUUGGUCUGGCUCGCCUCAUUGAGGAUAAUGAAUAUACUGCUAGGCAAGGAGCCAAGUUCCCCAUCAAGUGGACAGCUCCUGAGGCGGCUCUGUACGGCCGCUUCACCAUUAAAUCUGACGUCUGGUCCUUCGGGGUCCUGCUGACUGAACUGGCCACCAAAGGCCGAGUGCCCUAUCCAGGUAUGGUGAACCGGGAAGUGUUGGACCAGGUGGAGCGCGGAUACAGGAUGCCGUGCCCAGCAGAGUGCCCUGAAUCCAUGCAUGAUCUGAUGCUGACCUGCUGGAGGAAAGAGCCCGAGGAGAGGCCCACCUUUGAGUACCUGCAGGGCUUCCUGGAGGAUUACUUCACCUCCACAGAGCCUCAGUACCAGCCAGGGGAGAACCUGUAACUGGGCUGAACGUGGAAAUGUGCAUGUGUCACGCAUGUGCAAACUGAGCAUGUGCAUCUAUCUACUUCAGAGUGCAUGGACAAGUAUGUGUGAGGGGAUGUACCGUAUGUACAGAAUAACGGGGCAGAAAGCCGGCUGCAAUCUGGGUCCAAAGGGUAAACAUCAAGGAGUAUCAGUGGGGCAACAAACUCAUCAGCAACAUUUAGUUCCUGCCUCCUUUUCCAAAGUCAGCUCCAACAUGCCAGCUGUCAAAAGACUCACUUGUGGUAUUAAUUUUUGCAUUUUUCAUACAGUACUGUGUAAUUUUGUCCGUCAGUCAAAUCACCAACAUACUAUACACGCCAAGCAGGUUCUUCUACCUUCCUUGUGUUUCUAAGGAGCCAUGGAGAUGUACAUUCCCUAUGCGCUCUCCCUGCGUUUGAACACCUGACUAAUCCUGUCGUUUGUCACCUUCAACACUGCAGGUGGCACAUGACAUAAAAGACUGCAUAGGGGUUAACCCAUGGGGGGUCCAGAGAAUGAACGUUGGAUACAAGUGUUGCCCCGCUAAAAGCACCACUUCAGGAUGUCUAUUUUUACCCCAUUUUCUUUGGGACACUAUUAAAAAUGUGUAUGGUCAGUCUGUCUUCCAUUUUGCCACUUGAGAAGCAACUAUUUUGGUAUGUACAAUAAUUUCCCAGGAUAUUGUGGGUUUUAUUUCCUUAUUAUACCUGGAUCAACUGGAAUAUAUUCGGGUGAACAUUGUUAUUUUGUAAUCAUGCUUCCCCUGUGCUUCAUUUCGGCUGGUUUCCAAACUGCUGUGAGAUGUAAUAAGAGACUAACACCCUUGAUUCUCAUAAGAGUGUGUAGUCUCACUCGCCAAUUGGACGAUUUGGUUUAUCGCUGUGACCAAUAUACAGCUCAACUCAAAGAAGAGACGAGGCAGGAGUCUGUCCCUCUAUUUUCUAAUUGUGACUUUUCUUACAAACAAAUGGCUACUGAUCACUAUUGGUCAUCUCAGGAUGGAGAAGACUACAAUUCUGCUGCAAGGAUUUUUGUGCCAAUGAAAAUCUCUUUUGUACUCUCUUAUACUGUGUAAAAGUGUAUUUUACUACUCUGCUUUUCUUACAAUGAAGUUUGACUUGUUGUAAGCAUUUCUUAAAGGAUAAUCCACUGUUUUGAGAUUCUACACCUGUGUACAGUACCGACCGGCUCACCAGCAUGGUUUCAAGGCGCUGAUUUGUUUCAAGCAUUCAAAUUAAAAAUCAGGUGAAUCCUACUGUCUCCUUUCAGGUUUGACCUUCAUUUAUAUGAAGAGUUCUAUUUUCAAUCAGCCUCAGUAUUUCCCUAACUAGUGCAUCUUUGUGCACCAUCGUACACUGGAGAUUUCAUUUGUUUUCUUUAAUACAUGAGACAAAGAGUGAUAUUACUCUGAGUAUUGUUAUGCCUUCUUCCAGCCUGUAGGAGGCAGACCAGGAAGCCCUAGCAUGUAUAGCAAAUAAAUUGGCAUCGUGAAACUACAUUGUAAAUAUCCUCAAUGCUAAUAUUUUUGUACAUAUAUAUCAUCUUUAUAAUUUAUUCCUUUUAAAAUAACCCAUUGGAUUUUGGCAUCAUUCUUUGAAACGUUAAUGUUUAUGGUACUUUUAUGGGUUAAAUAACACCUGACAAUAACAAUAUAAAUAUAUAUUAUACAAACACUUUUUGUGCACGUAUUUCUGUGAAACUUAUCUUGGUUGAACAUUUUCAAUAUGACUUGAAUUGGUGAGGAGAACUGCUCUGUAUCCCCUGACUCACAGCAUUGAUUACUUGCCAGAAACGGAUCAUCCACCCGCAUGAUUCCCAUAAAAACAAUCACAACCACAAAUGAUUACAUCGUGAUAAUCUCUGAAUCAUCAUGGUGACUGGUAAAUGAGCAGGUUUCAUUAUGGUUUAACAUUUUCUGUUUCUCUGGGUACAUCUGAUGAACAGUUUGUGUUUGUGUCUUUGGCACCUCCAUAAUUGUUUUAAUGGACAUGUAAAGCUUGUUGUUCAUAAAGCACUACACUCUAUGAUUAAUGACUCCAUACAGAAGAUGAUGUGACUGCCACGGAUGAAGGGAGUUUGAUUUCUGUGUAGCGUCUACUGUGUCCUGUGGACAUGGGGUUAUGCCACAAUGAAUGCAUUGACCUGAUUGGGCGUAGUCAGGUUGCCCUUCUUUUCCUGACCUGCCCCUCUCACUGAAUGCUUAUAUGAGCAAAGUGCACGGAAAAAAAGAUCAUAUUGUAUGUAUGUUGCAGCCUUGCUUAAAGUUAAGGGCAUUUCCUGUUGGGUAUACUGUGGGUCUUCUUUCUGGCUAUGCAGAUAUUU